GCUCGCUGAUCCAAGUUCCUCAGGAAACCCCCUCAUAGCAUAAAUAUCUCCCGACCUCCCCCUUGAAGCCUCAACCUCUCUCUCUGUUCUCUCGGUAUCCAACAGUAUUCAGCUUUCGACUAUUACAAGCAUCAUCUCUCUCAAGCUCUCUUCUAAGCUCUGCUCUCUAUCAAUACACUCUUAGCAAUCAUCUUCCCUUUCGUUCUGACAGCUUCUCUACUACUUCUUCCCAAGGCUCUCAACCAACUCUCCCAACACCAUGCUCUUCAAGGCUUUCCUCGGUGCCACUAUCAUGGCCCUUCUCGGUCUUGGUGCUUCCGCUGCUGCUAUCGAUGGCAACAACAUCGGUGAACUCCAAGCUCGUCAGGACAUGUUCAAGGGUCCUUUCAAGGGUGACCUCACCUUUUACGACACUGGUCUCGGUGCUUGCGGUUUCAAUGAUACCGGUCGUCAUGGCAUUGUCGCCCUCUCCCACCACAAAAUGGGUACUGCCUCCAACAACAACUUGAACCCUCACUGCAACCGCCGCGUCCGCCUUCGUGCCAAUGGGAAGACUGUCGAGGGCAUUGUUCGUGAUAAGUGCAUGGGAUGUGCCAAGGAGGACAUUGAUGUCAGCCCCGACAUGUUCGCUGCCCUUUACGAUCUCGGUGUCGGUCGUGCUCGUGUUACCUGGGAGGUCAUCUAAAGGGUCAAUCUUCUCUGUGCGCGCAUAUACUGUUAUGUUGCCCACGUUGGACCUUUUUUUUCGUUUCUUUUUGCCGUCAUCACUGAAAAUGAGGCAAAGAAAAACAACCCUUUUUUUGUAAUCGCAUCAAAACAAUGCGGUAUCUUGGAGCGGCUUAGGAGAGAUGGCCGGCCUCCUUUUGUACUUAGUAGUCAGUUCUCUUACAUCGGCCUUUGUGGCCUCGACAAUUAACUGACUUUUUCGUGAUC